AUGGACGAAAUUGAAUUGUAUAUUGAACAAGUGCCAGUACAACCACGGGAGAGGGGGCAAUUUUUGGGUAAUUUCACACAAUUAUUACUCGGACAAAAUGAUAAUGUUGAGGAAUUUGAGUAUGGUUGUGGACCUAGUAGUGCCCCAGUUGCAAUGACUUAUGAGUGUAAAGCAGAUGAAAAUGAAGAAGAAUGUGAAUCCCAAGAAGGUGAUGAUCAAAGUGAGAGAGCAGAAGAUGUUCAACAUGAUGGCGAUGGGGUGUUUGAAUUUAUUGAUGAGGAAAACAAUAAUGUUAAUGUUGUUUCAUCUUUCUUAGCUCUUCACGAAGCAAUGGAAAGUGAACAAGGGAGAUAUGUCUCCGUGGAUGGGGAAUGUUGUGAUAUGUCAAAUAACCCAGAUCUUGAUGAUCCAAUAGAGUAUUCCCCUGUUCAGUAUCACUCGGCACCAUCAUUGCAGUUUGAAAAUGUAGAAAACAUUGGUAACACCGUUUCAAGUGACUGGACCCCAUGGGGGAACACUAAUAUUGGAAACUCAGAUGGAGAGUUCAUGGUUGGCCAAGUUUUUAAUUCAAAAGCAGAUUUACAACAUGCUACAAAGUUGUACUCUUUAAGUCAACACCAAGAGUACGUUGUUGUUUCGUCAACUACAAAGUUGUUGGUCCUAAGAUGCAAGAAGGCUGAGCAAUCGCAAUGUCCAUGGAAACUUCAUGCUAUGGUUGUAAAAGGUACAACUUCAUUUGCAAUCAAUAAACACAAUGGUCCCCACAAAUGUGUAAAUCCUUGCUUGAAUCGGGAUCAUCAACAAUUAGAUUCCAACUUGAUUGCUGCUCAUAUCCAAGGAAUGAUUAAGGCACAAUUCACAUUGUCAGUGGCUGCUAUUCAAGCAAGUAUUGUGGAGAAAUUCGGAUACCAAAUAUCAUACAAGAAGACAUCUAAAGUAAAGCUUAAAGCUCUUACAAACUUAUUUGGUGAUUAUUAUAAGUCAUAUACAGAGCUGCCACAUUUUUUCAUUGCCUUAGAGCAGGCAAAUCCAGGAUGUGUUGUAAUUUCAAAAACAUUUCUUGGUAUUAUGGAGAAUACAGAAAUAUUUCAACAAGUUUUUUGGACAUUUCAGCCAUCUAUUGAAGGAUUCAAGCAUUGUCGGCCUGUACUCAGUAUUGAUGGUACACAUUUGUAUGGGAAGUAUAAAGGCACUUUAAUGAUUGCUAUGGGUUGUGAUGGAAAUAAUCAGUUAUUCCCAUUGGCUUUUGCCCUAAUAGAGGGUGAGAAUAUUGAUAGUUGGGGAUGGUUUUUGGCAUGUAUUAGAACAAGAGUCACUAAUAGGAAGAAACUUUGUGUUAUAUCAGAUCGACAUCCAGGCAUUAUGGCUGCAAUGAGCGAUGUUCAUCUUGGUUGGUCUGAGCCAUACGCAUAUCAUAGGGUUUGUAUGCGUCAUCUUGCUAGCAAUUUUAUGACUCGAUUCAAGGAUAAAAUAUUAAAAAAUCUGAUGUGCAGAGAAGCUUUAGCAACCAAGAUUGAAAAAUUCAAUAAACAUAUGAACACAAUUGGGAGGAUUAAUGCAGCCGCACAACAAUGGUUGGAAGCAAUCCCUUUUGAGAAAUGGGCACUCUCUCAUGACGGAGGUCGAAGGUACGACAUCAUGACUACAAACAUGGCGGAGAUGUUCAAUAGUGUGCUUAAAGGGGCUCGUAGCUUACCCGUAACUGCUUUGGUUCAAUUGACAUUUUUUCGGCUAAAUAGUUACUUUGUUGUGAGAAGGGAACAAGGUGCUAAUCGACUUGCUUCAAGUGAGGAAUACACUCCAUAUGUUGAUGCUAAGAUGAAGGCAAAUGUGGUUAAGGUGGGAUCUCAUGAGAUUAUUUUAUAUGAUCACAUCUAA